AUGUACAAAGUGAGAGCAAAGCCCCUCGUUUUCCACAAGCAUCAACCUGUUAUCUUGGACAAUGGAGAGGAGGAGGAGCCGAUAUCGGAGGAGUACGAUGUUUUCCGGCUGCACCUCGACAUGGAAACGUGCUCAGACCUGUUCGCCAUCUCAAGCAUUCUCGACGACAACUGUGAAAACAUCGCGCAUAGACCCAGGACAGAGGCGGACGAGAAGCUCUUCUUCAGCAGGUACGAGCAGAUCUGGUCGGAGGUAGUGCACAAGAAGCCGAUCACGCUGCUGGUGGAGGAGAACAACAUCGACUACCCUCCCCGUGAAGGGGCUCGUGACUGCACUAGGCUGUCAGACCGAACACCCUACCAGUGCGGGAAGCAGUUCAACAAGCUUGCGAUCAAGUACUCGCACUUUGCUAGCAGUGAGGACCGGGGAUUCGCCAUAAUCUGA